AUGGUGGCCCUGAUCAAAGUGGGCUCCCCGGAAGCUAGAAGGGGCAAAGGCCUGGUAGGUCCAAAGCAGAGCCCUCGGAGAGACUGGUCAUGGCGCGCGCGGGGGCGCACCGGGUAUUCAGGCAGCCUUGGGGGCGGCGGGCGGCGAUGCGGGGCGCAGGGCUCAGCUCACCGGGCCUCUCCACUCCUGCGGCACAGCAGCAGCCCCAAGCCGUCUUCUCCGCUUCCCGACAGCCAAGGAUGGCUUGUACACACACAUGCACUACACUGGAGGAUAUCUUGGCAAUCCCGCCUCCCUCCCGGCGUCCUUGGCGACGCUCUGCACCAGGGCCUGCCCCUGAGGUCACACAGAGAGACAAAAGGGCAGUCGGACCGCUGCAGUCUUGCAGGAAUAUCCACUAUUCCUCACCCCUGCGGGGGGGAAAAAUCCAGGAUGCUUUCGGCACUCGCGGUUCCCGGGAGGAAGGUGGAGGGAGAGAGGGAAGGCGGAGACUGUACGCGGACUGGCGCUCCAGAGCCCCAGGGCGCUGAGCGCAGUCAAACAAAAAGACCCCAGUCCGGGCCUCUGGAGUCGCCUGUGGGCCCCCGAGACGUCCCCCUUUUCUCCUCAGUACUCCCGCAGCCCCAGGAAAGCUCGGCAGCUUCGGCCUGCGCUCUGAAGCUUGGGCGCUCCCAUCCCUCGCCGCCGCCACCGCCGCCGCCGCCUCCUUCUCCUCCUUUUUUUAACCACCGUCUGCGGCAGCCACAGCCGCCGCCUCCUCCAGCCUCCGCCGUCCAGGCGCUCCUAAAUAAAUAA